GCGGAGCUGCGUGCGCCGCCCCGCGCCGAGCCGGGCGGAGCCGAGCUGAGCCCCGCCGGGCCGGGCCGGGCGCGCUGCGGCGGUGUGAGCGGGCGGCGCGGCUCGGCCCCCCCCCGGCCCCCGGCGGCGAGGCGGGGGCCGCGGCCACCCCGGCCAUGCCCCCCGGAGCCUGAGGCCCGCGGCCGCGGGGCGCCCGCAGCAUGCGGAGGAUCCGGCGGCUGGUGCAUCUGGUGCUGUUCUGCCCCCUCUCCAAGGGCCUGCAGAGUCGCCUCCCGGGCAUCAAAGUGAAAUACCUGCUGGUGGUGUGGCUGGGCAUCUUCGUGGGCAGCUGGGUGGCGUACAUGCAUUACUCGUCCUACUCCGAGCUCUGCCGCGGCCACGUCUGCCGGAUGAUAAUCUGUGACCAGUACAAGAAGGGAAUAAUUUCUGGCUCCACAUGCAAAGACCUGUGUGAGGAGCGCAGCCUCCUCUUCCAGCACUGCCUCUCCUCCUCUCCCACCCAGCAGGUUUACAGUGGGCUCUGGAGGGAGAGGGAGGUGAUCAUCAAAUGUGGCAUCGAAGAAGCCUUGAAGGCAGACAGCCACCCCGACUCUGUGCCCAGGAGGGACGUGGUCCUCUUUGACAAACCGACACGAGGGACAUCAAUGGAUGAGUUCAAAGAAAUGCUCCUGAACUUCCUAAAGUCCAACCUGGGAGAUCAGCCUUCUCUUGCAGCCUUGGUGAGCCGGAUCAUCGCCAUGGCGGAUGUGAACCGGGAUGGGAAAGUGUCUUUAGCGGAGGCCAAAUCCAUCUGGGCGCUACUUCAGCUCAAUGAGUUUCUUCUCAUGCUCUCCUUGCAUGAGAAAGAGCACACUUCCAAGCUGCUGGGGCACUGCGGGGACCUCUACGUCACUGAGAAGAUCCCCCACACCUCCCUCUACGGAGUGGACGUCCCCCCCUUCCUCCAGUCGCUGCUGCCUUCAGUCAUCCACCAAAUCAUCCACCAGUGGUUUGCACCAGCGUGGCCCCGGCGGGCAAAGAUCGCCAUCGGCCUUCUGGAGUUCGUGGAGGAGAUAUUCCACGGGACCUACGGGAACUUCUACAUCUGCGAGACCAGCUUUAAGAACGUGGGCUACAAUGACAAGUACGACUUCAAAAUGGUCAACCUGAGGAAGGUGGCAACGGAGAUGACAAUCAGAGGUUUCCUCAAGGGACGUCACUGUGAGCAGAACGUGGACUGCACCUACGGGAAGGACUGUAUGGCGACGUGCGACAAACUCAUGAAGCAGUGCAAAAGCGACGUGGUGCAGCCCAACCUGGCAAAGGUCUGCGGGUUGCUGCAGGACUACCUGCUGUACGGAGCACCGCUGGAGCUGAAAGAAGAGCUGCAGAAACAGCUCCGAACUUGCAUGACCCUCAGUGGCCUGGCCAGCCAGAUGGAAGUCCACCACUCCCUUGUGCUGAACAACCUCAAGACCUUGCUCUGGAAGAAGAUUUCAAACACCAAAUAUUCCUAACGGAGGAAGCACGGCCCUGGAGUUUAGAAUCUGCAAUCUUGGAAUAAAGUCCAAGGGUCGAAGGCCUGUUCCUCCAUCCUCUCCCCCCCAGGAAAAAUACACCCUGCACAGGGAGCUGAGCAUAGCUGCAGCCCCUUCUCCUUCAUGGAAAACCAAGCAUCAUGACUUCCACCGCCCAGCAGGAUCAUCGAUAGUCGGCGAGAGCGUGCUGCGGAGCUGGGACGCCGGGAGCCGGGCUGAACAGGCUUGGGGGAGGAAGAUGACACGGAAGGCGAUAAGGAAGCGGAGCCCAGCUGGAUGCAUCUGACUGUUUCUUGAUUAACAGGAAAGCAGUGCAGAGAGAUGAGAACGAAUCAUUCAUGCUGUACUUGUCACAUCUUCUUUUGAUGAACGUCUCUGAUGUAAAUAAAUAGCUUUUACGUGAAUCACACCAGUACAUCAAUAGCAAAACAGCAGCCUUUUAAGUACCAGCUUGUUUGUGAUCUAAAAGGGAGAAAAAGGUAGAUUUCCCUAUUCAAAAGUCUCUCCUUAAGUGUCUGAGUCAUCUGCCAUCAGAUCCAGCUGUAACUUAGGAAGCAGAUAAGCUGUCUUUUCCACAGCAGAGAAUCCUGGCAAUUCUUUCAUUCCUUUUUUAAGUGCCUGACCCCAGACAGGGACGCGAUAGCUCGUGUGAGGCUCCCACCCGGCUGCUCCUGCCCCGGAAUUGGCAGCACAGGCCAUUCCCUCUCACGCAUCGGCUUUGGAAGGAUCUAAGGCCAAGAAUAGCUUAAAGGAAAAGGGCUACGACAUGAACAAUCCCCACCAGUUACCACUUACGCUCCGUGCGUUACUUCCCGCAGUACUCGGAGCAGGGAGAAGCCAACCUCUCGGUUUAAUUCUCCUGAAACUAAGCUGGGCUUGCACUGCAGAGGUUAAAGAUUAAUACCAGAAUAAUCCGGUGCUUCUCUCAUUAUUAAAACGAAUUUCCAGGCAAGCUUUCAGCAGGUUUCAAGACAUUUGUUUGGCUGUGUACAUACUAGCAGGUCUCUAACUAUAGUUUUAUUUCCGUUAAAUGCUCAGUUAUAGCAUCCUUUUGAAACUACGGGUAGAGAGGAAGAGUUUAUGUAAACUAGCCCGAGCUUGCUCUGGUCCCAGCAGAGUCGUAUUCCUGCUGAUGGACCGUAUGCCGGUGCUCUUGCCAACAACUGCUUAGUGAAGUGGAGCAUAUAUCUGAAGUACAAUCACAAAGGAAAAAAUACAUCUGACAGUAUACAUAGCCUGUGAAGGCAAUCGGUAGUGUCAUGGCUGCAAAUUUAUGAGCCCUUUGGAGGAGAGGUAUCAGUAUUUCCUUCUAUUAGUUCCAUAGGAUCAUCAUUACCUCUCACUGUUAUUUAUGGAGGAAAUGUUUCAGUGUCAACAGUGCUCUAAAUCUAGCAGGAGCCAGCGUAGCUCGCUUCCCACAGAGGAGCUGGCUUCCCAACGCAAUUCAUCUGCAGCGAGGCUGAGCGUUUGUGAGGUUUCUGCGUUUGAAGGGUGACCAGUUGCUCGGCCCCUCGGACUCACCCUUCCUUCGGGAUGAACACUGGGCAGGUAAACCUGCACGGGAGCAUUUGGUGGAGGGCAAAGGCCAGGACUGGAAUUCAGUAACGGGAUUUGGUAAUGAGACUCCACCGGCUCCUCCUCUAUUGUCCUGCAUUCCCAUGGCAACCAGCUCCACUGACAAAUUAAUUUUCUUCUGCUAUUGGAAAAGGAACCCAACAACUGUGCCAAAGCCUCUCCUCAGAUCAUCAGAAAAGCCAUUUUUCACCCUCCCCUCUGUGUUUGAAAUUCAGUAGUAACUUUUGUCCAGGAAGUGGCAUUCCUGCUACACUGAACCCCCACUGUUCCCUUCCCCAAAAGCAGUACUGGGUAAAGCAGCGGGUAAGCACCUAGAGGAAAACCACCCUAUUCCUUGCUUAUCCGUGUAACUUUAAACAUCAGAAUCUCUUUAAGCAUUUAUGAUGAAAGAUGAAGUUCAACAACAGCCCCUGUACUUUACAGAACUAGCGAAGACAGCUUUAUUCAAAUAAAGACGCUCCUGACAA